AUGUUGCCAGAUGUUCGAGCAGGGCGCAAUGUUUGUUUGGAAAUCGAUUUCCGACAAUUAUCAAACAAAUUUAAUAAACUCAAAUCAUAUCUUGCAGCACCGCCGACGAUUCGUUUUCAAGAUAGUAUAUUAAUUUCUAAACCUGAUAUUUGUACAAUGCCAGAUGAUAUUUUUGAAAUGUUUGCCGGUGAUCUGAAAAUCAAAGACAACGGUCAAGUUGUUGAGCAUGGUUCAACAAUUGGCCAUGCAGUUGUACGAGGAAGUGGCGAAUAUAGUUCAGGUGAACAUAGAUUUCAAUUCAAAAUUGAAUCUUACAAUAUGAAUAAAUGGAUAUUCUUCGGUAUUAUUUCACAUAAAGUAACAUUGUGGUCAAAUACAUGGGCAAUACCAUCGUGUUAUGGAUGGGGAGGACAAGAUUCUACUAUUCUCAAUCUUGCAAUGCAUGCAGGUCUCAAUGGUUAUUCUUGUGAUUUUGAAUUAAAUGAUAUUAUUGAAUUAAUACUUGAUUGUGAUCAUCAACUAAUUCGUCUGACAAAUCUACGUACAAAACGUACACACAUGAUGAAUAUUAAUCUUCUUAAAUGUCCUUUUCCAUGGCAUUUUCUUCUCAAUAUAUUCUAUCCUAACGAUCAAGUGCGUAUUUUAUAUACAGACAGUCAAGAAAUUUGA